AGGCUGGGCAGAGUGGGCUUCAAUGACUGCACAAACCGCACAAGAUUUCUUUUCAUCAGUAAUGACAGACGUUUCAUGGUCCAUCCAGAUGGGAUAUUGAUGGUAAAGAGAAUGGUUGCUCUUCUGGAAGGACACCAGGACUUCUUUAUCCACUCCUGGAACUUGCACGGUCAAAAAAUGACUGUUCCAGUCACAGUCGUGCACUAUGGGCGUCUCCAUGGACAAAAUGAUGGUCAUCACCAUGGACAUCAUAGAGGGGAAAACCAUGGGCAUCACCAGCAAAAUGUUGAGCAUCACCUCGGAGAGCACAGACACCACAACAAUCAGCACCACUUGAAUGAAGUGGACUCUGCUAACAAUACAGAGAAUGCAACCACCCCAGAGGUGCCUGUUCUGAAUUUCCCCAAGUCUGGUGAUGGAUUGAAGAGGAGGAAGAGAGACUGGGUUAUUCCUGACAUCAAUGUUCCUGAAAAUAACAAAGGACCCUAUCCUCUUAAAGUAUCUCAGAUCCGUUCUGGUGAAGAUAAAGUGAAGACGAUAUCUUACAGCAUCACUGGUCCAGGAGCUGAUGAGCCUCCCCUUGGCCUUUUCACAAUGGACAGGCUCACUGGUACUUUGUAUCUGACACAGCCUCUGGACAGAGAGAAGGUGGACAGGUACACGGUAAGCACCCUCUCUGAUGUUAGUUUUAUAUCUACACUUUUUGUCAAACAUUGUGUAUUUCUUUUCACUUUCAUUUUAUGCUGACGUCCAAGUACAGUAAAGUGCCUUCAUCUACACUCAAUAGCCCUUAAUAGAACAUGGACAAGUGAACCAAAAACUCAUUAUAGACAGUUUGUGAUAAAUUUGUGGUGAGGUUAAGAUCAGGACAUUGUUAUGAAACCAUUUCUAAAGCUUAGUCUUCCCAGGAGCAUAGGGAUCUCAUUAGU